UAAUUUAAAAUGGAAGAAUUACUAAAGCACGGCAAAGAAAAAUAUCCCAACUAAAACGCGUAGGGUCACAAAAUUCCACCCAAGGGAAAGUGACUCUCCAAUAGUAAGACAACAAUUUGAUUAUUCUCAAUUAAUUAAUUAAAGAGUGCCCUUAAUUUAUAGGUCCAAUUUAAAAUUGAGAAAGUAACCCUCAUCAUGGGAAUAAUUAUUGAGUACAAUACUAUUUUGUUAUUUGUUAGAUAUUGGAUUAAGUAAAAGUAAAAGAUUAGCCUAAUCUUAAUCAUCAUCACUAAUACAAAAUCUUGAUUAAGCUUAAGGGGCUCUCUCCCACCCAAACAAAAUAUAAUAUAGAAAAAAGAAAAAGAAAAAGAAAAAAAAGAAAAAUGGGAACCUCUUUCUUCCUCUUCGGAAGGAAGAACACCGUUUAAAAAGAAAACGCCGUUUACUUGACCUAGUCCGUUAGCCACGUGACCUUGAAGACUUUUAUAAAGCGAAAGUCACGUGACCUCUCGAAUGGCGCUGGAGCAGCUGAGUUUAGGUACGGGGCCCGUUGACGGCGGAGCAGACGGCCGUCAGCCGUCGGGGGAUGGCGGCGGCGGUGGCGAUGAAGGAACGAAAACAGCGCGGCUGCCGCGGUGGACUAGACAGGAGAUUCUGGUGCUGAUUCAGGGUAAGAGAGUGGCGGAAAACCGCGUUAGGAGAGGCAGGGCAUCCGGGUCUGCUUUCGGGUCGGGUCACAUCGAACCGAAGUGGGCAUCGAUUUCUUCAUACUGCAAGAGGCACGGGGUGAACCGGGGACCGGUCCAGUGCCGGAAGAGAUGGAGCAAUUUAGCCGGAGAUUUCAAGAAGAUCAAAGAGUGGGAGUCAAAGAUUAAGGAGGAAACGGAGUCGUUUUGGGUUAUGAGGAACGACUUGAGAAGAGAGAGAAAGCUGCCUGGGUUUUUCGAUAGGGAGGUUUACGAUAUUCUUGACGGCGGCGUCGGCGCCGGCGGUGGAGAGGAUUUGGAGAUGGGUGGAGAAUUAUCUCUAGCUCUGGCCCCUGCGUCGGCGGUUGGUGAAGAAGGGGCGGAUCAGGAAGCGUUGUUCGAUAGUGGGCGGAGCACGGCAGCGGAUGAUGGGCUGUUCUCGGAUUUCGAGCAAUCGGGUCAGGAGGAAGCGAUUCGGAGUAAGGAGACUACGGUUAAAGAUAUACCCGCUCCCACUCCGAUUUCAGUUGCAGAGAAGAAGCGGUAUCAAUUGUUUCACGAAGAAUCUCCUGGUCAAGGGAUAAAUAACGACAAACAACCUGAAUCGGAAGAAGCCACUGCUCAACAAGGAAGGAAAAGAAAGCGACGUGAAACUGAUGUAGACGAGGGAGAAACUAAUACAAAUACAAAUACAAAUACAAAAAAUAUUGAGCAUAAAUUGGUCGAAGCUUUAGAAAAAAACGGGAAAUUAUUGAGCUCACAAAUCGAAGCUCAAAACAGCAAUCUUCAGUUGGACAGGGAACAAAGAAACGAGCAUGUCAAUAGCCUAAUCACCGUCCUGAAUAAGCUUGCCGAUGCUUUCGGAAGAAUUGCUGAUAAAUUGUAGCCAUGCAUGCUGCUAGGUGUAUAUAAUAACUAUUUGUUUAUACAUACAUACAUAAAUUCGAGGAUUUCUUUUUUAUUUUCUCUAUCAUAUAACAAAUUCGAGAAUGGCUUAUUUACUUUAUUUUAUUUUGGGAGUAAACCUUUUUGUGUUGGGUUAUUUUUAGAUUUAUUGUUACAGGUGAUUGAUUGAUUCUGUAGUAAUGAUGUAACUUAAUUGACAAUGCUACACAUUGUUUUCUUUUUAA